AUGCAUCCAAUAGACAAGGUGUGUACAGAGUCCAACUUUCCGAUGUGCCAACAUCUAAGCAAUGAGAUUUGUAAAAACACAAGCAGAGGAUUUCUUCUGUUCAAAACCAAGGUGUCUUCUCCAACAACUGUAAUUCUUCUGUUUGUGGUUAUGCUAUCUGCUGUAAGGAUGAUCAGACAUGUGAAGGCCCUGUGUUCUUCUGUAGGACGCAAAGAAAUGCUUGUGUUUUUUAACCUGUAUUUUGGAUCUGCUGCACUAGAAGCAGUACUUGUGGGGUUUAGGGAAUCUAUCUCAAAACAAACACAUUUGUUUCUUACAUCCAUCCAGCUAUCGCUUUACGCUUCGGGAUUCUUUUCUCUCUUUCUAGGGAGUAUAACUAUAGAUAUGUUUACGGGAAUUCUUGGGUUUAGAGCUGCAACUUUGCUCAAAAUAUCCACAGCCAUCUAUUCUGUAGGGAUAGGUACUGUCAUAUUUACGGGGCUAACCGCCUCGACAAAAGAAAUUGCUUCAAUUCCUUUCUUUGUCUUAAAUCCACUCUUUUUCUUCCUAUACAUGGUAUUUCAGGUCAAAAGACUUAGAAAAACAGAUGGAGAGAUAUGGGCAUAUGGAACUUUAGUGAUAUCAACAGUAUGCUUUUUAACUGCAAAUGCAGCUUCAUUUGUUGGAUCAAAAACCAUAGGGUUAAUGACAGACAGAUAUUUCGACAAUCUUUUUUUCUACCAUUUUUUUAUCCUCUGCACAUUCAUUAUGAUACACAAGUACUGGCUAUCUGUUUACAAUUACGAAGUUGAGUCUCUACAGCUGGAGGUGUAA